GGCAGGAGCCGAGCAAAGCGGCGGCGGCAGCGGCGGCAUCUGCUUUAAAACCGCCCAGCCCGGCGGAGCGCUCGGCACCACCUGGCCAGGGCGCGGGAGGCGCUGAGCUGGGGCCAGGCUGCAGCACGGACCCGCUCCCUCCGGCCGCAGGCACCCGGGCUGGGGCAUGAACUUCCAGCCAUGAGCCGCCCCCCGGGUCCCCGCAGCCUGGCCGAGCCCCACCGCAGCCCCGCCGCGCUGCCCCUGCACAUCUGAUGCUCGCCCGGCGCCCGCAGCAGCAUGGCCCGCCGGAAGAUCUCCUCGGAGUCCUUCAGCUCGCUGGGCUCGGACUAUCUGGAGACCAGCCCGGAGGAGGAGGGAGAAUGUCCCCUGUCCAGGCUCUGCUGGAACGGCAGCCGGAGCCCGCCCGGCCCGCAGGACCCGCUCGCCGCCGCCGCCAGGAGGGCUCCGCGCAGGAGACGGGUCAACCUGGACUCUCUCGGGGAGAGCAUCAGCCGCCUGACGGCUCCCACACCUCAGACCAUACGGCAGACUCUCCAAAGGACACUGCGGUAUUAUGAGCAUCAAGUUAUUGGUUACAGGGAUGCAGAAAAGAACUUUCACAAUAUAUCGAACAGAUGCUCCUAUACAGACUGCUCUGGCAACGAUGAAGCCGAAGAUGUCUCAGGAAUUCUCCAGUGUACAGCUAAUAUACUCGGUUUGAAGUUUGAGGAGAUGCAAGAAAAAUUUGGGGAAGAAUUCUUCAAUAUCUGCUUUGAUGAGAAUGAAAGAGUUCUUCGCGCUGUAGGUGGCACGCUGCAGGACUUCUUCAAUGGCUUUGACGCUUUGCUGGAGCACAUUAGAACUUCAUUUGGAAGACAGGUCACUCUGGAAUCCCCUUCUUUCCUAUGCAAAGAGCUCCCUGAAGGCAACCUCAUGCUCCACUACUUUCACCCUCAUCAUAUUGUUGGAUUUGCAAUGAUGGGAAUGAUAAAGGCGGCAGCAAAGAAGAUCUACCGUUUGGAAGUGGAUGUGGAACAAGUCACGAAUGAGAAACUGUAUGCGGAGGGGUCGAACCCAGGUAAUUGCAGCUGUCUUACUUUUAUUAUCAAAGAACGUGAAAAUGCAAAUAUCACAAAAGCACUUCCACUCGGAUCAUCUCAGUCUCCCUCAGACCUGAGGAUAAGCAUCAGCACCUUCUGCAGAGCUUUCCCCUUCCAUCUGAUGUUUGAUCCAAACAUGCUGGUGCUCCAGCUUGGGGAAGGCCUUAGGAAGCAGCUCAAAUGUGACACUCACAAAACGUUGAAAUUCCAGGAAUGCUUUGAGAUAGUUUCCCCGAAGGUCAGUGCCACAUUUGAACGAGUCCUCCUGAGAUUAUCAACACCAUUUGUGAUUCGGACCAAACUUGAGGCUUCUGGCUCUGAAAAUAAAGAUAAGGUGAUGGAAGUCAAAGGCCAAAUGAUCCAUGUGCCCGAGUCAAAUUCUAUUUUGUUUUUGGGUUCCCCUUGCGUGGACAAGCUGGAUGAACUGAUGGGCCGAGGCCUACAUCUUUCUGACAUACCUAUCCACGAUGCUACCCGUGACGUCAUAUUGGUUGGGGAGCAGGCAAAGGCCCAAGAUGGCUUGAAGAAACGAAUGGAUAAACUGAAGGCAACAUUAGAGCGAACACACCAAGCUCUGGAAGAGGAGAAAAAGAAGACAGUAGAUCUUCUUAUUUCUAUUUUCCCAGAAGAGGUGGCUCAACGGUUGUGGCAGGGGCAGCAAGUUCAGGCCAGGAAGUUUGAUGAUGUUACCAUGCUCUUCUCAGACAUCGUUGGCUUCACAGCUGUGUGUGCCCAGUGCACCCCCAUGCAGGUGAUCAGCAUGCUGAAUGAGCUGUACACUCGAUUUGACCAUCAGUGUGGAUUCCUGGAUAUCUAUAAGGUGGAAACAAUAGGUGAUGCAUACUGUGUUGCAGCAGGGCUCCAUAGGAAGAGCCUUAGUCAUGCGAAACCCAUUGCUUUGAUGGCUCUGAAGAUGAUGGAACUUUCAGAAGAGGUACUUACACCGGACGGGAGACCUAUUAAGAUGAGGAUAGGAAUUCAUUCAGGAUCAGUUCUGACUGGAGUUGUUGGUGUGAGAAUGCCACGUUAUUGUCUCUUUGGAAACAACGUCACUCUGGCAAGCAAGUUUGAGUCAGGAAGUCAUCCGCGUCGCAUCAAUGUCAGUCCAACCACAUACCAGCUUUUGAAAAAGGAAGAAAACUUUACUUUUAUCCCUCGGUCCCGUGAAGAGCUUCCAGACAACUUUCCAAAGGAAAUCCCUGGGAUCUGUUACUUCCUGGAGGUCACAAGUGGUCAGAAGCAGCCAAAGCCCUCCAUUACGUCUGCCAGAGUGAGAAAGGUUUCCUACAACAUUGGCACUAUGUUCCUUCGGGAGACAAGCCUAUGAGGCCUGCUGCAGAUCAAAGACUAGUCCAAAAAGCACAAGCCCAGAACUGGGUCAUGAGAGGAAAGUUGGAUAUUCUUUUUAUUUCACUGCCUUGUCGUGGACAAGCAGUAAAAGCUCUAUCUGAUGUCAGGCAAUAAUUAUUUUAAAAGGUGGGUGACUGCUGUCAGUAAACAAACUGGAAAAUGAAACAAAAUACUUGUAUUUCCAGAGGAAUUAUUGGUUGUAAAUUUCAAUUUGGCCCCUUUAAAAAACAAACAAACAAACAAAUCUUUGGGGUUGAUUUUUGUUUGAACAAAAGUGGGUGAUGGUUGUCUGUAGAUUUGCACCAGCUAAGCAGAAUUGAGCAUCAGUUCUGAUUAUGCAUUCCUACAUUAAUGUGUCAUUCACCAAGGUAACAAUGUUUUUUAACUUUCUGAACAAACAUUUCAUACAUAUACUGUAGAGUGCUGUAACCUUCCUGGCAGGAGGAAUAUAUAAUUCAGUACAAUAUUGUGGGGAUUUUACCUAUUUUUAUACAUAUUUCACUUUCUGGACAAUUACAUUCCAUAUACUGUAAAAUGAGUGAGCUUUUCAGAAUAAGCUGCUGUAUAUUUCAGAUAUUCUCUCUAUCUAUCAAAGCUUAUUAUUAUACAAGUGGCAAGACUUUUGACUUAGGCAACAAAAACAUUAAUAUUUUGCAAAAGAAAAAUACAUUGAUAAGUCUUCUUACAUGGCUUUUAUGGUUUAGAUGAACAUUGUCUCGCAUAUAUAAUAUAUAAUGAUGUUCAGAUGUUCAGUAUUUGUCCUACUAGUAACAUGUGUCCAGUCUCUCCAGAACAAUGCAAACAAAGGCUUGAAGAUCAAUGUCUUGAUGGGUUAAAAAAAAGUUCGGUUGCACACCCUGGGCCAUAUCUCAUACCAUCGAUUUUAUGUAGACGUCCUUACGAUGGAUGAUAUAGCCUAUUGAAAGCAGCCUCCAGCAGAUAUGGGAAGCACUUUGGGAGGGAUUUUCAAAGCAGCUCAAUCACAGGAAUUCAGGUUCCAUUGACUUUUCAUGGGACUUGUGCUCUUAAAUCGCUUGGGAGUUUUUGAAAAUCACAUCCAUUAUUAGCAAUGUUACGCUGGAAGUUUCAUCUGCUGCUGGCUUGGCUGAAAUGUUGCUGCUUUUUCUAGUGCAGAAUAGACUAAAAGACAGGCACACAUUUCAAAAAGGAAAAUGCUUACCUGUAGCAUAAUGCAAGUGACUGUUCAAAAUUUAGAUUAAUCAAGGUCAGUGAAAAUAAAGGGCCAGAUUCUCAUCUAUUGAAAAUUUUAUGCAACUCUGGAGCUAUGCUCAUUUACACCAGGGGAGGAUCUGGCCCCAAAUGGUCACGUCUUCAGACAGACUUUAUUUUUUCUGAUUUCACCCUUUCCCUUGGGUUUCCUUUUCAGUUAGCACUUGCUGUAGAACUGCCUGUGCAAGCCUACCCACAGUAGGGUCCUGUUCUUACAGACCAACGCUGUUCUAUUCCUAGAGAAAACGGUUCAUUAGCUAAUAUUUGUACAGGGCUUUUGAAGAGGUAUAGCUCUAUAUGGGCCUGAUCCAAAGCCCACUGAAGUAAAAAAAAAGAAUCUCAAAUUCACCAGCAGCUGCUGGGUGCUGAGCAAUUUUCAAAAUCAGACCACUUAUUUUGCCUAAGUAUUGGUGUAAGGUUCUAAUUUGAGAACUUUUAAAAAAAACUUGGCCCUUGGGUGAAAUUAUCCCUGCACGUUGUGCUAUGGAGAGGAUAAAAGGAGUCGGAAACUUGCUCCUUUGACCGACACUUUGUGGCAAGGGUGGGGGAUCAGUCAGCACAGCCUCACCUCCAAUCCUAGAAUCUGUUUCAUGACCACUCUGCAUGUUUGGGGAUACUUAGUUUCUGGGAAACAUGGCGGGGUGUGGAAGGGCCAAUUCCAACCCAAAGGGAUUGCUUCAUGUAAGAGAAAUCUGAUCCUGUCACCAGGGUGUCUUGCUACCAUGAGAGAGAGAGAGGGGACCUGAGGAUUAGCACUGAGAAUAGCUUUAAUGCGAAUGCCCCAACCAUCCAUGAAUACACUCAUCUGCUAGUUUCUCCCAUGGAUCUCAGAGCAUCCCUUGGGCUAGAGGUUUCUAUCUCCUGUCUGCUAUGCAGCAGAACAAAUGCAGCUCCUCCUCCACCAUCCGCUGUCCAAAGGCUGACCUGAUGAAAACUCUGGACUUGAGAUUGCAGAGUUUCCAGCCUCACUGCAGACCUCUCCUGGCUUUCUGCAAAAGAGGACAUGUGUUAGCCUUAACCAUUAGUUUACACAUGUACAGUAUGUAAAGUGCAUUUAUCAUGCAGUGAAAACAAGUGGUGUGGGCUAAAAUCACAGAUGGUGAAAUGGUCCAAUUUAUCUACCCCACCUCCACCCCAGCACAGCUGUGGUGUUGCUGCCUAAUUUAUCAGUGUGCAAACUAUUAGAACAGACAGUAAUGUACAUAUAUUGCACAUCUAUAUUUCUAACCUGUGAAAUUUGAGACUUUGCUGACACAUCUUCACUGUGCAAUAGUUUGAUCUGAAGAUAACAACCUCUCCUGUCCCUACUGUUUCCUCUCAUCACCCACCCACCCCUGUCAAUAGCUCAUUUCAUCAUGGUAAUUCUAUGGAAAAGCACUAUGGGUAGGUAGAUGUGAUAGGCAUUCUAAUUCCUUUGGAAAAUGGCAUGCAGAAGGUAGGAACGAUACCCUGAAGAAACCUGUUGCAUGGUGUCCUUCCAAGCAGCUAAUUUAUAGUAGAAGUGAAUUUCUAAUCAUAGAGAUCAGUGCAAAAACUAAAAAUUGUUGUCAGCAUCACCAUGGAGAUAAUGGCAGUGUUUGCAAAUAAAUCUGCUGCUCCCAAAAUCCGAAUAGAUUCACACUAAGAAUAUACAAUCUCUGCAUGUAUAAAGGUGACACAUCCAAAGCAUCAGCAAUGAUGCAAAGUACUGUGUUAUUUGCUUCUGUGUUAUGACAAGUAAAGUUGAUCAAAAACUGCCUUCCCUAGAGAAUAAUUUCCCUACCGCAGAGUGAAAGAAAAGUGUGGAAAAUUUCUCUGUGGUGUUCAAUUUAUGAUUUGUUCCUGCCGUAAUACUGCUAGCUAGUUUUUAAUUCAUUUUUGUGGAUGGCUCUGUAAAGUGUUAGCCAGGAACUCAGCAGGAUGUUGGUAAGACACUAGACUCUAUCAGUGAAGGUCACUUUUGGUGGAAGAGAAACCUUUCUGUGCGUAGCUUUCAUCUGUCUGUGGAUGUUUUUGCCUAUGGGAGUGGGUCUUUGGGUUCCCUGGCUGAUUUUGCGAGGGCUAGCUGGCAUAGAGGUGAACUUGUGGGGAGUGCUGAAAUCUGUGCAGAAACCAGAUACCGGUUUUUGGAACUUCCCUUUCACCCAUACAGUAAAAGCUCUUUGUAUGGCCAUGGUCUAGAAAUUGCAUAAGAACUUAUUUGCCUAAUUGUAGGCAACAGCAUCUGCUGUUUCAUAGCUUCCACACGGAUAAAAUCUGCCUUCUCUGACGGUGCUGAAUACAGAGUUAUUCUUGUGUGCAGGACAAAGGGAAGGAUACAAUGAGCCCAGCCAAGGGCUCAUCAACCUGUGUAUGCCAUAGACUUGUUCUCUCAGGCCCCCUCUGCUCCAGUGCAAAGGACUUUGGGGUGGAGACAAUGGAUCUACAACAAUCCAGACCCACUAGUUGACUCCUCUUGUGAGAGGGAACACAACAGCCACAAGGACUACACCAGUUGUGAGGCUGUAGUGUGAACCACAGGUCAGUGUACCCUAAGAGGAAGGAUUCCUUCAUCCCGCUGAAUUUCCCCAGCAUACCUGCUGUUAGUAACAUUGUGCAUAGGGUUCAGGGACUGACCCACUGAGCAAGGAAAAAAUAGUGGUAGUGAUGUUAGAGUGAUGGCAAAAGUUAAGUUCCAAGCCUCUGUGGCGAUAUCUGCCAUACAAUGCCACAGGCUUUGACGUGAGACACUUACUACUAUACCAGUACACUAGAAGUGUGGUUGUCCUGCAGGAUCCCAGGGCCUUUGACUUGUGCAAUUCCCGAGAGCCUGCCCACACUAACCGUGUUUGCCGCUCUGGGUUUACUGUUCAUUCCCACAUCUGAUUGCUGAGCCGAGUGUUUGUUUGGAAAGGCAUAUUGAAGACUGGCAACUUGCCUCUACAAACAAAACCCAAAGCUUUUAAAACCUAUAAAACCUUUGAUGGGAAUUGUCUAUUCAGAGGAAGAAAUCCACAAAGUUGACUGGGUAGCAGGUCCUCGUGCAGUACUACCACAUUUAUUCUGUGCAUGGGAUAUGUCAUGAUACUAUAAUACCCAAACCCCCAUGCCACCUGCCUUGACCUGCACAUUUAUGAGUUGUACCUGCAGCUUGUCUCCAUUUUCACAAACUUGCACAUGUGUAAUCUCCGUUUAACAUACACAUACGCACAUGAGAUGCUGCUGCAGGUGUGAUUAGGGUGACAUGCUUCAAUUCCCAAGUUAUUUCAGUCAGCAGAUAAUGCAGUAUCAUGACAUGUCCUGUAUGCUUGGGACUUGCUACACUCUGCUAACCAUUUUAACUUUGUAGAUUUUUUCCUCUGAACGGACAGUUCCCCUGGGAUAUUUAAAUGUAUAAAAGCUAUGUUGACUUGCACGUGGAUAUGAAACCAGUGCAAAUUGUCAGUGCAUGUAUCUUCACGUAUAAAUGCUGCUGUGCUCUGAAAUUCUUCAGACUACUCAAGUUGUCACAUUCACUCCGUGCAGCCAGCUCUCUGUUAUCCAACAAAAGCACUGAAAACUGCUAGUGCCUCCCCUCUUCCAAACGAGAUAUAUUACCUGACUUCUGCCGAAUGCUCAAUUCCUGCUGAGAAAAGUUGAAUUCAUGCUCCAAUAUAAUCUAGUCGCUCAGAGCUUUGCAUUGCUGUUGUGAUGCUCUUCUGCAAAGAUUUCAACUUGGAAUAACCCAGAGGGAGAAGCAGCAAAUUAGCAGCAAAACAAACAAUAUAUUAGGGCUUGUCAAAUUUUAGGAACAAAGUGGCCCAUUUUCACAGAGAUGCAUAAGGAGAACACACGCAGCUCAUACAUAACAUCGUAACUCAGAUUAACGCUCAUAUUGGAUCAUUUAUCCAAUGCUUCCGUUGGGAUCUCUCUGCCAAGCAUAAGUAGGGCUGUUCUAGCUCCUGUUCGUGCCAAUAACAAAACCACUACUGGUCCGGCACGCUUGGCAGUCUCUUUUCUAGAGAGUCUCAGGACUGCAGUGUAACAUAUGUUGCUGGCCUAUGUAUUGGCAGAGCUGAGGUGGGGGAAGUUUGCAUAGCAACUGCCCAACAUCUGUCCGCUGAAGCCAGUGAACUAGUCCCUCACGUUCACGUAAAUUAAACAUUCAGCCAUGUAUUUUAAAGAUAUUUUUAACAAUGGUAUUAAUUGCAGUCAUUUACUAAUAGCACUGCAACAAAAACGUACACACUAUUAAACCUCUCAUGAAUGAGAGAUGUUCUUAGCCUUGGCCAUCAGAAAAAAUCAGUUAAACAAUACAUAAUGGGGGGAACUUGAUAGCUCAGUAUUAGGAUGCAGAGCAUUCACCUCUACAGUAGGUCACUGGUUCACCUUCAAUCCAAAUCAUUAUCACUAGGUCAUUGCAGUGGUUCAGUGGUCUUUGCAAAAUGACAUAAGUGGUCUUAGUGUGUUUCCUACGGGACAAGAGUUUACACUGCAAAGGCCACUGCACCAAGUGAUGUGAAGUGGCGCCCUUGUUAGCAGUCUCAGCAGAAAAGCCAAGGGUUCCAACGGGCACA